ACCUAAUCCAUAUAAAUGUUGUUCUUGCUCAAAUGCUACCACCUAAAAUAGUUGUACAAAUUUGUUUUAAAAAUGUAUUAAUUUUAAAACAUUGUAUGGGAUCGCAACUUAUUCCGAAAAUUAUUGAUCAUAGUUUUGUGGUUGUAUUAUGGUUAACAAGUUUUAGGAAAGUGGUUCCGAGAUAUAUGAAAAUUACAAAUUAAGCUGGACAAACAUGGUGCUGCAUUCUCGCAGGCAAUGGCAGAAAAGUCUUUAUGAAAAUGCUGAUUAUGAUGAUAAUUACACCGAUCCAAGUUUUCUGAAAGAGUUACGCACAAAUUUAAACGUACGCCUUUUCACUUUCGAGGAAGCUGUUAAGGGGACUACAAGGCUAAAUAAUCAAGUAUCAUGUGUUACCUUAUUCUUGGUUAUUUUUUAUCUUCUUUACACGGGGGACGUCACGCCACCCAAUGUGUUAUUUGUGACGGGCUUAUCCACUUCAAUAGGGUACAUUUUCUACCGCGGGCGGAAGCUUUUUGAUUUUCAAUGUAUUCUGGAGGAUUCGAAAACAUUAUUAAGUGUUUUAGUUUUCGGUUAUCUCUUCGCCCCUCUACUACACCGUCUAACCAAUGCUAUAAGUACAGACACAAUAUUUUCGAUGACGUUUUUUGUGUUACUUCUCAAUCUGAUUUUCUGUGAUUAUGGCUUAUCAGCGGCAAUGGUAUCUAAAGCAUUAUCGUUAAAUGCGGCAAUAUUUGCAUCUAUCUGCCUGGCUUCCCGACUUUCUACAGCAUUUCAUGCAUUUGCGCUGCUUGUGGAAGCGGCUGUAUUUUUUGUACUUUAUCCUAUUUUUACAUCUUUAUACUGGCACUGGUACUUUUUGGUGCCAAUUUUUGGACUUUGCUGUUUUUUGUUGUACAAUGUUUCACUUAAUAUUCUUCUUUUCUACGUCCUGUUCACGGGAUUCAUUAAUAUACUCUGCCCAUAUAUAUUUGUGGCGCAACAGCAAUAUAAACACAGUAUUCACGGUCCGUGGGAUGAAGCAAUCGUAGAGGAAAACAAUGAGGGUAUCAUUGAGGAUAAGUAAUAAGUACUUAAUGCUAUGUAGGACUCUGUUAGAAAUCAAAAAAAUAUUAAUAAACAUAAAACUAUAUUCUUUAUAAUGCAAA